GCGGCGGGGCCGGGGCUGCUGGUGGCGGCGGAGCGCGGAGCACACGGUGGCGGCGGCGGCGGGGUCCGCACCAUGGGCUGCGGCUGCUGGCGGCUGCUGGGAGUCGUGUGCCCGCUGCUCCUCCAGCUCGCCACGAGCCAGGAGCCCGUCAGCAUGGCAGGGAAGUGUGACACCAUCUACAAGGGCUUCGCUGGCUGCCUCCUCAGCCUGGGGGACAGCAUGGCCCAGAGUGUCCGGCAGCAGAGGGAAGAGGGCAGCGAGGAGGCGCAGGAGCUUGACACCAUUUGCAAGUCCUGGGACGACUUCCACGCCUGUGCCACCGAGGUGCUGUCAAGCUGCCCCGAGGAAGCGGCUGCCAUCUGGGAAUCGCUGCGCCAGGAGUCCCGCAAGAUCCAGUUCCAGGGGAACCUGCAGGAGCUGUGCAGCACCCGGGGACGCCUGGCCAGUGCCCGUGCCUCGCCGGCUGCCGAGACCAACCAGGCCACGCUGCGGGACUCGGCCACCCCCCCGCACCCCCAUCUCCUGGCCCUGCUGGCCCUGCCGCUGCUGAUGCCCCGGCUCUAGCCCUGCCUGCCCAUGGGGCGUCCGGCCAAUGCCCUGGGUCGAUCCCCCAGCACUGGCGGGGCACAGGCGCCUGCAGUCUCCGCCGAGCCCACCUCCCCAUCCCCGGGCAUCCCUCGGGGGGCACGGUCCUCUCCUGCAGCCGUGCAGAUGGAUUUAUAUUUAUAUUAAAAGACACUUUUACAUUU